UCCUGGGUUGCGCUGCGCCUGAUCGUGAUUGCUACGCGGGUGGGGUUUGGCUGGUACUGGUUGAGGCCUUCGUAGUGUGAGCACGGCCAAGGCCGGCGUAUUUAGGGCCGGUGGCUAGGAAGAGAGAUCCCGGGCUACUGUAGUCGUCCCCAUAUUAGUACCCGGAGGCCACCUGGUAGACUAUCCCGGAACUAGCGCGAGCCAGGUAGAGCUGCCCGAGCUGGCGGCGCUGUCGCUUCUUGUCUGUGCACGGCCUCGCCUGAGGAUGCUCCAGCGGUGCUCGGUGUUCGGAACCCCCUUCAUCCUCUCCUAACUGAAGGGAGACUCGGUUUAGGGACGUCUGACAGAUUGCCUUGCUUGUGGUAUCGGACAUCAAAACAUGGGGCUUACCAAGCAAUACCUACGCUACGUUGCCAGUGCAGUCUUUGGCCUGAUUGGCAGCCAAAAAGGUAAUAUUGUCUUUGUGACGCUUCGUGGUGAGAAAGGGCGCUAUGUGGCAGUACCAGCCUGUGAACAUGUUUUCAUCUGGGACUUAAGGAAAGGAGAAAAGAUCCUCAUCCUUCAGGGGCUUAAACAAGAAGUCACUUGCUUAUGCCCCUCCCCAGAUGGGCUGCACUUAGCAGUGGGUUAUGAGGAUGGGUCUAUCCGAAUCUUCAGUCUCCUGAGUGGGGAAGGAAACGUGACCUUCAAUGGACACAAAGCUGCUAUCACUACCUUGAAGUAUGAUCAGCUAGGAGGCAGGCUGGUAUCUGGGUCCAAGGACACAGAUAUUAUUGUGUGGGAUGUAAUCAAUGAGAGUGGCCUCUACCGUCUGAAGGGGCACAAGGAUGCCAUCACACAAGCACUGUUUCUACGAGAAAAGAAUCUACUAGUUUCUAGUGGGAAAGAUACCGUGGUGAAGUGGUGGGAUCUUGAUACUCAGCACUGCUUCAAAACAAUGGUUGGCCACCGAACUGAGGUGUGGGGGUUAGUUCUGGUGUCAGAAGAAAAGCGACUCAUCACGGGGGCCUCAGACAGUGAACUGAGAGCUUGGGACAUCGCCUAUCUGGAAGAGAUCGAAGACGUGGAAGAACCAGAGCCCAAGAAAAUCAAAGGGCUUUCCCCAGGAAUGCGGGACAGACGUGAAGCAGAGGAUGGUACCCUUGAGCUGGACGAAGUUCCUGAGGAUCGUAUCCUUUCCUGCCAAAAAGCUGGUUCCAUCAUGCGGGAAAGAAGGGACAGAGUUGUGAACCUUGCCAUCGACAAGACAGGCAGAAUUCUUGCUUGCCAUGGAACUGAUUCUGUGCUAGAAGUAUUUUGCAUUCUUUCCAAGGAGGAAAUUCAGAAGAAAGUGGAUAAGAAGAUGAAGAAAGCUAGAAAGAAAGCAAAAUUAAAUUCUAGCAGAGGGGAGGAGGAAGACCUUGAAAUCGAUGUCAAAAUGAGUCUGCAAGAUGAAAUCCAACGGGUGACUAAUAUCAAAACUUCUGCCAAAAUCAAAUCCUUUGACUUGAUUUAUUCAUCUCAAGGAGACUUAAAGGCAGUCUUCCUGCUGCAAAACAACCUGGUGGAAUUGUAUUCACUGAAUCCAUCUGCAGCUGCGCCGCAGCCUAUCAGGACAAGCAGAAUCACCAUUGGGGGUCAUCGCAGUGAUGUGCGGACCUUGGCAUUCAGCUCUGACAAUAUUGCCAUCCUUUCAGCAGCAGCUGAUUCCAUUAAGAUAUGGAACAGGUCUACACUGCAGUGCAUUCGCACAAUGGCCUGUGAAUAUGCACUUUGCUCAUUUUUUGUACCUGGUGAUAGGCAGGUAGUCAUCGGAACAAAGACAGGGAAGCUGCAGCUUUAUGACUUGGCCUCUGGAAAUCUGCUGGAGACGAUAGAUGCACAUGAUGGAGCUUUGUGGUCCAUGUCCCUCUCUCCAGAUCAGCGUGGCUUUGUGACAGGUAGUGCAGAUAAAUCUGUCAAGUUCUGGGAUUUUGAGUUGGUGAAAGACGAAAAUAGUACCCAAAAGAGACUUUCUGUGAAGCACACCCGAACCUUGCAACUAGAUGAGGAUGUCCUGUGUGUCAGUUACUCUCCCAACCAAAAGCUCUUGGCUAUGUCUUUGCUGGACUGCACUGUGAAAAUUUUCUACGUUGACACUCUGAAGUUUUUUCUCUCAUUGUAUGGACACAAACUGCCGGUUCUAUGCAUGGACAUCUCUUAUGAUGGGGCACUAAUAGCAACCGGCUCUGCUGAUAGAAAUGUGAAAAUCUGGGGCUUGGACUUUGGGGACUGCCACAAGUCUCUGUUUGCACAUGAUGACAGUGUGAUGUACCUACAGUUUGUACCCAAGUCUCACCUCUUCUUCACUGCUGGGAAAGACCGUAAGAUUAAGCAGUGGGAUGCAGACAAAUUUGAGCACAUACAAACUCUGGAGGGGCACCACCAGGAAAUAUGGUGCUUGGCUGUUAGCCCCCGUGGCGACUAUGUUGUGUCAUCAUCCCAUGACAAAUCUCUGAGACUUUGGGAGAGAACAAGGGAGCCACUUAUUCUUGAGGAAGAAAGGGAGAUGCAAAGGGAAGCAGAAUAUGAGGAGAGUGUGGCCAAAGAAGACCAACCAGCAGUUCCAGGGGAGACUCCAGGUGAGAACUACUUUACUGGAAAGAAGACUAUUGAAACAGUCAAAGCAGCUGAGAGGAUCAUGGAGGCUAUAGAGCUAUACCGAGAGGAAACUGCAAAAAUGAAAGAACACAAAGCCAUUUGUAAAGCUGCAGGGAAAGAGGUUCCUCGUCCCCUCAACCCCAUCCUGAUGGCCUAUGGCAAUAUCUCACCUUCAGCUUAUGUAUUAGAGAUUUUUAAAGGAAUCAAGUCAAGCGAGCUGGAGGAAUCUCUGCUUGUGCUCCCUUUCUCUUACGUCCCAGACAUUCUUAAGCUCUUCAGUGAAUUCAUGCAGCAGGGCUCUGAUGUUGAACUUCUGUGUAGGUGCCUCUUCUUUCUCCUCAGAAUUCAUUUUGGGCAGAUCACUAGUAACCAAAUGCUUGUGCCAGUGAUUGAAAAAUUAAAGGAAACAACUAUUUCAAAAGUCAGCCAAGUCCGGGAUCUUAUUGGCUUCAAUUUGGCUGGUCUUGAUUAUCUCAAGAGGGAGUGUGAGGCAAGAAGUGAAGUUAUGUUUUUUGCUGAUGCCACAAGCAACUUGCAAGAAAAGAAAAGGAAGAGGAAAAAGAGGGAGAAGCUAAUUUUAACAGUGACUUAGAAAUGAAAUGUGGUGCCUUUUUCUACUCUUUUCUUAAAAGGACUUCUAAACUGAAUAGCAGUAGAGUUGGCAUAAAAAUACCAAAUAACGGAGGAUCAUGUUGCAGAAGAUUUCAGGAUGUGGUUCCCAGCUUUGCAUGAGGGAAUUCCAGCAGGGGACUAUGGGCUCCAUUUCUUGGGUUCAAAGGCAUGAUUGGUGUAAAAGUCCUUGUGUGUUCUCAAACUCCUGCAGAAGUUGUUCCCUUUAUAUUUCUAGCAGGAAGCAAAGACUUUUUAAAAUUAGGUAUUUACUUCACUAGAGUUGAAAUUAAUAUUUCAUUUCUUUUAUAGCAGAUGAUUUGUUGGAUGACUUAUUACCUCUUUGUACUAAUUAGGCUUUACCUCUUAUUGAGACAGGCUCAUAAUUGAUUGCCCUUUGCCCAUAAACACAGUCAUGCACUUUACAGCUGAAAGAAGCUGUAAAAAGUAUUUAGAAGAGCCUUCCUACACAUAACCCCUUGCAGAUUGUUUUAUAUCUGUAUAUAUAAAAAAAGAUUGUAAUUGCUGUUUAUUCUUCUCUGAAUGAAAUAGUUGUUUCUAAUUAAAGAGUAGUCAAAGUGA